AAGCAAAGCGUGAAAAACGACGACUGUGCAACAACCUUAUGAUACUAGAAGAGAAAUCUUCCUCUCGAAUCCCACUCUACUGAAACUGAAAUUUGCCCAACCAAAAGAAAAGCUGCUCUCCGGAGAAAAACUGAGUCCAAAAAAAGAAAACAAACAAAAUAACUAAACAAUUUCUCACAUCUCCAUCUUUGUCUCUCUCUCUAAAUCUAAGGAAAAUUGUGUUGAACUUCUGUGAAUAGAGCAAUGCCUUGGGAUGGUAAUGAAGUGAUUGUAUCGUCCGAUUCUUCGGAUGGUUGGGAGUCGGAUACAGAUGUUAAAGAAGUAUCCAGUGAUGUGAAACCAGCCGUCAUACCUGCAGCAGUUAUUGAGCUAGACAAAGAACUUACUCCUCAAGAUAUAAUUAGCAGAAGAGCAGAAAUGUAUCAAGAAUACAUGAAGCAAAUUCCUGUUCCUUCUCUACAUGGGUCUGCAGUUCCAUUCAACACAUGGCAGGAACUAGCCAGAUCACUGAAGUUGUUAUACAAGCAACCCUUGCAUUAUCUGACUAAUAUCUGCUUAAAACAGUGGGAUAAAGCAAGGAUUGGCACUAACAAUGAGUAUCUACCUCUUGAUGGAGUCAUUCACCCUCGUAAAGCCGAAGCAACUAUCUGGCUUAUGGAAGAAGUCCACAGACUUGCUUCGUCUCAUCAUCAUCUAGCUAACCUCUGGCUUUUAGACCCCAUGCACCAGGCUUUUGUUGAUCCUGUUUUCAAACAAAUUUGAAUCUGCAACUGUGUGUAGGCUUUCUGGUCAGAUUUAAGCAGACAUGGUUCUGAUUUCAUGUAAUUGUGGAUGUUGGUAGAAAUAUAAUUUAUUUUUAGUCUUUUUCCUCAGCAAA